AUGUCGUUCAAGGGUUUCAAAAAGUCCCUUGUAAGGGCACCCCAGAACUUCCGUGAAAAGUUAAACAUGGGGGAAGUCACCAAUGAUCCCGUGUACGAAGAUGCCGAGCGGAGAUUCAAGGAAAUCGAGAUCGAAACAAAGAAGUUGAAUGACGAGUCAAAGAAGUACUUCAAGGCGAUUAGCGGUAUGUUGGACGAUCAAAUUGAUUUUUCAAAAGCCAUUGAAGAGAUUUACAAGCCGAUCAGUGGAAAGUUGUCAGACCCCAAUGCCACAGUUCCUGAAGACAACCCGGAUGGUAUCCAAGCGGCGGAGCAAUACCGGGAUUUGGUCAGCGCAUUG